UUCCUGGUAAAAAUGUUCCGGGUAAUUUCGGUGGAAACGCGGCAUUAGUGUCCUUUCUGAAUGGGAUGGUAUUAGCUUUGGAGUAAUGGCAGGUGCAUGGUGAUUGCCAGAUAGGGGGUGGUGAUUUCUUUCUUGGAGACUGCAAUGAUGGUUUGUUCCAGCUUCGGAAAACAGUUGUCGUAGCUGUUGUUAGGACAAGUUGAACCGAUAUGGUAUGCUUCACGGAUAUAAGAUGAUGCAUCUGAAAUGCAUUCAGGCUGGCUACGUGGUGACACAAGAGGCAAUCAGGCAAUUGUUGAAAAUACUGGAUCCCCAUGGAGUGCAACUGAGGCGCCGGAAACGUCUUCGACGACGUUUAUAUCAUAAUCCAGGCCCGAACUUUUUAUGGCAUGUUGAUUCAUAUGAUAAACUCAAACCAUAUGGGAUCUGCAUCAAUGGUGCAAUCGACGGGUUUUCAAGAAUGAUGAUAUGGCUACAUGCAUACUCUACAAGUAGUGAUCCCAAGGUCAUCGCUGGAUACUUUAUUGAUGCGGUGUCAUCAAGGAAUGGGACAGCCACCCGAAUUCGCUCAGACUUAGGGACAGAGAAUUGUUACAUGGAACAGAUGCAGAUGUUCUUGAGACAUGAUCAUACGGACUAUUCAAGAAAUUGCUAUUUGUAUGGCUCAAGCAAUCAUAACCAACGGAUAGAGCAUUGGUGGGGAUUUUUGAGGAAGCAGCAUGCACAGUUCUGGAUCAACCUAUUUCAAGAUCUAAAAGAUUCAGACGACUUCUCCGGUGACUUCCUAGACAAAAGUCUAAUACAGUUCACAUGUCUUGAAAUAAUAGAGAGAGAACUGCAGGAUGUUGUUCACCUCUGGAACACUCACAGAAUUCGCCAAUCCAGAAAUGCUGUGUCUCCAGGUGGACGUCCAGUGAUGAUGUACACCCUACCCCAACUUUUUGGUGGUAGGGAGUACCUUAAAGAGGCUCCCCAACAGAAGAUACAGGCUUGUAGGGAGGAAUGUCGGGAGAGAGGACCAUAUCCUUGUGAUAAUACAGUGUUUGACAUUUGUUGCCUUGCCAUGGCAGAAAACAGUCUUCAUCCACCAACCUCUCCAGAGGAAGCCAUUGAUCUUUACAUGUUCUUACGUGCUUACAUACGUACCCAAAUUUAAAAAGUUGCUUUACUGGAUCAAAUGAUUGAAUGCAGUUUUGGACGGAAAAGGUUAUAUACCAUGACAUUCACUGUAAAUGUUUGACAGAAGUACUAUGUUUAAGCAAUCAAUAAUAAACUCUUUCAUAAUUGACAUCUCCCAACUGAGCUCCAUACCAUCUCUUUUUUUAUUCAUCAUUAUUUAAAAAGUACAUCUCAACCACAGAACUGGGAACAAUCCUGUACCUGCAAAUGAAAAGUAUCACAUUUGUCCUUAUGGUGGAACUGUUUCGUAUCACCAGAUGCGGUCUGACACAC